AUGUCGACAUAUUCACAGCACACCCCGUCUGCGGGCGCAGCGUAUGUUGCUGCCAGCCCAGGCGUCAUCCGCAGCCAGAACCUUGCCUACGUUGCACAACCACCACAGAUGGGCCAAGGAAUGCCAAUGCUACCUUAUCCGCAUCAACCUCAACAACAUCCAGGCUUUCCUGCGCAGCACCUACCACCUUUCCCUCACACCCCGAAUCAUUCGAGAGCCAUCGCUUCACUACCUUCACAUGGCCGUCACAUGCACGCCAUGCCCACUCCCACCCAUCGCUCGCAAGCCACCCCCGCCAAACCACAGACGCCAUCGACCAUGCUCCAACAUCGUCCGAGCUCGACGAGAUUGCCGCAAUUGCCUGCCGAUGCUAGUGUGCCGUUCAAGCGCCCCAAGACGGUCGGCGAUGGCUUUGAAGCUCCUUAUCUUGUUCCAGGUCCAAGCAAUCGCAUUCUCCUCUCACUCAAGUCUGGGCUUCCCUCGCAGAUCGACUGGGCCUUGUCGCGUCUCGUUUCCCUCACUUCCGGCCACCGCGACCAGGCAUCCCGCGAAUUCACUCUUGACAGCGUCCCCGGAUUAACCGACGCCUUGCUAUCCUAUGUACGCAGAAUCCAUGCCGCUCUCACCGACCAACAUCCCUCCUUGUGGGCCGCACCUUACUUUGAGCAACCUGUCGAUACUCCCGAUGUCGGCAUUGGAGCUCCCGGUGACGGUGGUCACCAAGGCCUCUCAACCUCUCAGCAAAUCAGCAGCACCAACUCUCUCUCUGCCCAGGUCAAUCGGCUUGACUCCAGGCGCGUCCCAAGGUCAACUUCUGAUGUCUCGCACGCAGUUCUCAUGCGAAGAGCGCUUGAAGCCGCCUUGUCCCUUCGAAAUCUUGCUUUGCACAGCUCCAACGUGCGCAGCUUGGCCUCCACCAAAGGAAUUUUCAACUUGAUUCGCGACGUCUUGCAGCUGCCCAUCACAGCAGUGCACCCACAUGGUCAUUCCAACCUUGCAUCCGACUCACAACACGAGGAUGGCUGGUGCGAAAUCGAAGGCAUCGCAGAGCUGCGUCUCUACUUUCUCGAUCUUCUCGAGACGCUAGCAUCCAAGGUCUUAUUGACCAAAAGAGCGCCGCCUCUAACAUUGGCGUCACCAACACCAAGCCAUGUCAACGGACACGGACACGGCCAAAGCAGCGCCGUUGGCCAAGCGCGACAACUGAAAACCGACGCAACAACGGCGAGCGAUGACAUUUUUGCAACGCUGCUUUCGCUUGCGCUUCACUCUAAUGAUCGUGCCAUGUUGUUGGGCUCGAUGCGCUGCCUGACCACAAUGGCAGCCAACGAGCGCAACGAGCUUGCCUUUGUCGAGGUGACGCUCGCCGACGGACAGCAAUCGCCCGGUCUUUUGCAGCGCUGCGUCGAAUUGCUCCCGUUGACCCAAGACACUGAGCUGCUCGAUGGCGCGCUAGACUUGAUGUACCAGCUUGUCUGCAUUGGCAACAACGCCAUCAAGAUUGCUGCAUCACCCGUUUCGGACGCGCCGCGUCGAGUUUCGUCGGCUAAAUCAAAAAACAAAGCCAGCGCGAGCCCAAACGCAAGUCACUCGUUCUCUGUGCACGCUUCCGCCAAGACUGCCGCUCUGGUGCGCCUGCUCUCGCGCAACCUGCAGCUGGGACGAAGCAUGUGGGAACGUUUGAUUCCUCUCAGAGUGCCAAAUUCUUGGCUUUCCGAUAUUCCGAGCCGUCAGGUUGAGACGAUGCGCAGGAGGCGCGAGCUUGAGAUCCGAAUCGCCAACGAAACACCUCAGGAGCGAGCCAAACGCAAGAGGCUUACACCGCAAGAACGUCAGAGCCUGGCUGGUCUCAAGGAACCGGAGCGUGGUAUCGCAUGGAUGAAGAUGGUCUUUCAACGCGAUCAGGCCCAAGAGGUCACUCAGAUGGAAUUUUGGACCGCAUACAAGGAAGAAUUUGGUCAGCAGAUCGACGUUCCUCUGCAGCCUGCAGCUGAGCUGAUCCGUACCGUCAGUCAGGUGAUCCCAAAUGCGUCGGCUAUGGUGGUACCAGCACAGGACGGCAAGCCACAGCGUUUCGUGAUUCGAGGGAUUGCUGUCAAGGAACGGGACCCUGAGAAGCUCGAGCCGUUCCGUUGCCAUUGGUCGACAUGUCCCGCUGCGCAAACCAACUCACUCGAAUCGCAGCGAAGCCACGCCAAGCUACACGCAGAGUACGCCUCGGAUGGUCGGUGCCGAUGGAGACAGUGCGACUUUGACGUCAAGCUUUCUUGCGGCGCAGCAGCCACCGCCCAAGAUCACAAGCGAGUCUUGGUGGCGCAUGUGUUGACGCACCUCAAGUCGGACGAUGCCGAAACUAGGUUGGCCAAGCCGAGCAAACGACGAGCCGACAUUGUUGUCGACGAUGACCUCCGUAUUGUCUCCGGAGCUACGCACACUGGAGAGGCGGUGCAGCUGCUUACGGCAAAAGUCAACGGUGCACGCAUGCUGCGCGGCAAGAGGGAUUCCGAAGGUGUCGAGACUGUUUUCACGCUGGCCAAGGCUGCAACUCAAGCCAAAGGCGAUGCGAAUCGACAAGUCAACCGACACACGGCAACGACCAACGGAGCUCCUUCCAACGGCACGAUCGACAAUCCUGGAUGCUACAUACUCGAUGUAACGCGGACGCCGACGGUUGGCAACGAAGACAACCCAUCGCCCCAGGGACCGGCGUACACCUCGAUCUUGAUUCUGCGGAUGCUUGCUAGGAGGGCAGCCUCCCUGUUGCAGAAGGCAGGAUCCAAGCAGAACGCCGAGGUGCAGCUGAAGGAGGACGCAGCUUCGAUCCGAGGCCAAGGCGACGAAAAGUUCGGUUUGCCGUUGCCAGCCAACUUUGGCUCGUCGGAUCGUGCCAAACGCGGAGAGGUUGGUGACACCAACCAAGCCAACGGCUACGCGGCGGGAGACAUUUCCGGAUUGGACGAGGAAGAUGAGGAUUACGAAUGCACGGCAGCAUGGGCAGUGGAAGCGGCUACGCGUCUGUUGGAUGCAGUGCAAGGAGUGGAAGAGGAGCUGAUGCAUCACUCGUCUCAGAACGAUAUCCUUUCAUCCUACAUUAACGAUACGCUUGUAGAGCUUCAUCGACGCCCAGACGACGCGCCUUCAGGCUCGUCUCUGGCUGAGGUCGAUCCCCAGCUAGCAUAG